AUGUUCAAUUCAUUUCAGAAUACGGGGUAUAACCCCAAUUAUGGUUUACCCAAUCAACAACAACAGCAACAACCACUCUACACUCAACCAACUGGAUUUGCACAACCUAAUUUGUAUGCAUCAAGCCAACCUACUGGGUAUGUUCAAACACAGCCAACGGGAUUUCAAGGAGCUCCCACUGUCGUGGAAAAUCAUGAUUUGAAAAUCCCGCCUUUCCGUUUAUCUUUUAUUACUGUAGAUGAUCAAAAGAAGUUUGAGCAUCUAUUCAGAACAGCUGUUCCUCGUGGAGAACAAGCAAUCAGUGGUGAUUCUGCCAGUACCAUUUUGAUGAGAUCAGGCUUGAGUCCAGUCACUUUGGCAGAAAUUUGGACCCUAUCUGAUGUUGAUAAAACCGGAUCCUUGCUUUUCCCGGAAUUCGCAUUGAGUUUGCACUUAUGUAAUAUGGCUAAACGUGGAGAACCUCUUCCUGGGCUUCUUCCUGAAAAGUGGCUUAAUGAAGUGAAGAGCUUUAUGGAUGCAAUCAACUUCAGUAUCCCUGAUGAUCCCAACAAGAUACUUGCCAAUACUCCGUUUGCAAAGAAAGAUGACUGGAUGUAUAAUCAGCCGCCCGUGAAUACACAAGCAACUGGAUUCAAUCAACCCCCAACUUCAUUUGCCCCUCAAGCUACUGGAUACGGUCAAUCUGCAAAUGCAUUUGCGCCACAAGCCACUGGGUUCAACCAACAACCCCAGGCCACAUCUUUCAAUCAACAGCCUCAAAACAAUUGGAUCGCUCCCCAGAUUACCGGAUACAACCAACAGUCCCAACCAUCAACAACUUUUGGAGGGGGCGCACCAGGUGAGUUUGUUCCGUUAAAACCUCAGCAGACUGCUGGUUUAGUCCAAAAAACUGGACCGCUUCAAGCGCAAGGAACUGGGUUCAACCAACUUUCUCAGCAGCGUACUGGAGGACUUGUCCCCCAAACAACUGGAGGAUUGGCCCCACAAACCACUGGGUUCCAACAACAGAAUCAAACUGGUGGCAUGACUCUGUUUAAUCAACAGCCUACUGGAGGAUUCAACACUAUCGGCUUACAACCUCAAAGAACUGGUCCAUUACAAGCAAAUAGAACUGGACCAGUACCAUUGCCAUCUCAACCAACUGGUCCUUUGCAACAACAGCCAACGGGUGCAUUACAACCCCAGUCAACUGGAUUCUUGCAACAACAACCUACUGGCUACUUGCAAACACAACCAACUGGAAGACCUGGUGAAUGGGGGUUUGUCAAUAUGCCAAUCGGUGGCUAUUCUGGCUUAAACACAAUGCACAAAGUCUUUCAACCAAAUACUACUCAAAACUAUCAGGAUUUGAAUAAGGCAAUGAACAACAACGCCGCUAGUAAUGUCACAUGGGCCAUUACCAAACAAGAGAAACAAAUUUAUGACAACUUGUUUCAAGCAUGGGAUACAGGCAGAAAAGGAUAUGUGGACUCCAGUGUUGCUUUAAAUGUGUUUACUAAAUCAGGAUUGAGUAGACUGGAUUUAGAAACAAUCUGGACCUUAGCGGACACCGAUGAUGCGGGUAAAUUAAACAAGAAUCAGUUUGCAGUGGCCAUGCAUUUGAUUUAUAGAAGAUUGAAUGGGUUGGAGAUUCCUCUUAGACUACCACCAGAGUUGAUUCCCCCAGCUGAUAGAACUUUUAGAGACACUAUGGACAACUUGAAAAACUCAUUAAAGAAUAAUGGAGGUAUCAAGUCAGCAAAGAAUUAUAAACCACAAACAAAAGUGGAUGGUGCAAGAUUUAAAAAUGAUGAUGACAUUGUUGGCUAUGUCUCUCGUGCCCGCCACAAGAGUAGAGAUCUGGCAUCGCCAGCUUUGUCUAAUAAAAAGGACUCUGAUCUUACUAUAGAUCAAUUAAAGAAAUCCAUCAAAGAGAAGAAGAUCUUGUUAGAUGCUUUGGAUGUCGAAGAUGAAGAGAAACAGCGCAACGACACCAGCGUAAUUGACAAGUUAAAGAGCCAAAUUUUUGAUUUACAAACCAAGAUUACAACUCAGGCUCCAAAUAAUAACAAGAACGUGUUACUUCAAAGAUUGAACCAAUUAACGAGAGAUAAGAUUCCCAAAUUAAUAUCAAAUAUUAACAAGGUGAAUCAAGAGAUUUCCGAAAAAAGUAUUGAGUUGGCCAAACUUAAAUUGAAACAAGAAGACCCAUCAUGGGACGACAAGAGUGUUGAUCUCAACAGCAUCGCUAAUGAUAAAGGUAAAGUUGAUUUGAAACAAAAAAUGGCUUUACUUACUGGUAAAGGUGGUAGUGGAGGUGCAGAUUACAAGUUCAAGGAUGCUGUCCAAAAGUCAAAAGCUGACUUGAAAGGACAAUCAGAUAUGGUAAAAGACAUUGAGACGGGAAUCAAGACUAUGGACGAUGAAUGUGUUUCCAAACUCAAAAGCUCAGCCAGGGUCGAGGUUGGGUAUGAGAAAUGGGAAAAGGGAUUUGGAAUUAGUCAGACUGUUGCUUCGUUUGUUAGAGAAUUGCAGAGAUAUCAAGACAAUGCAACAGCGAAAGCCACUGCUGUGUCUGCUCCCCAAGUAAACAGCUUCGGAACACGAUCACAACCAGAGCAAGUUUCUGUGCAGAAAGAUUCAGUCAAGACUCCAUCGGCUGCACCAGUAGCUAACUACUCAACGCCAGAAGAAAGAGCUGCUUACAUCAAAGCAGAAGCGGAGAAAAGAAUGGCUGCUAGACUUGAAAAACUUGGAAUUAGUCGUAACAAAAAUCACGGAAGAAAAUCUACUGAAAAGCUGGCUCCUUCAGCUGUCCAAUCCCAGCAAAAUCAUGAACAAAAGGCUCUGACACAAGAGAAAGUUAAGAAUAAUAAUGUGUCACCACUUGUGAAACAAAAGACAGGUGUACCAGAGGUGCCACAUGUUAAUGACUCUUCACAGCCUACUGCACAAAAGGUAGUGGAAAAGCCGAGGGAGAGCUUCAUCCAACUGCCUCAACCAUCUCCGCCAGCUCAGCCCGAACCUCCCAAAGUAGCAAUUCCUUCGCAACCAGCCAGUAACGAAUCAGAAAAGACACCUUUGAAUGCAGAGUCUGUAAUCAAAUCUCAAGUUCCGGUCACUCAAAGUUUCAAUGAAUCGUUGAAUACACCAGAAGGGCCUGAAAUAAAUAAAGAUAAUACUGCCACCUCCCAAUCGGGCUUUGAUAAAACUGCUCAAGAAUCAUUGAAACCAAAACAAGAAGCUGCUGUUGAGAUACUGAAGAAUGCUGCUGGUCGAUCAGACGAGAAGUACAAGGAGACUGAAGUGAAACCACAGGCUGUUGCUCUCCCUGAAGCUCGCACUCAAACUGAGCAGCCUAAGCCUCCCAGACAUGAUAACAAUCCUUUCUUCAAAAAGCAGUUUCAACAGGUUAACACUGAAAAGGCGAACAUGCAAAGAAAUUUCCAACGAGGUAUUCUGAAUGAUAAUAGCUGGAGCGAUUCCGAAGAAGAAGAUUCUGAUGAUGAUACACCAAAUAGAGCAGAUGCUCUCAAGUUGGCUAAUUCGUUAUUUGGUGGUAUGGCACCACUGUCAACUCCUACGUCGGAGUCUUUAAACGCUCCAAAUCAAGAAAGUAAAUUGAACGAUGUGUCUGAACCACAAGCUGAGCCCGAGCCAGUCACGACUAUACCAGUGUCAAAUACGGAAAACUUGGAGGAUUCAUCAACUGGAUCUAGUGGUCCCGGAUGGAAUACUGCAGAAUCAUCUCCAAGUAGUCAACCUUUUACAGGUGACCGUGAAACUGAAUCGAUUCCACCCCUCCCUUCGGAUGAUUCAAUUUCUCCUCCACCUCCACUGGGUUCGAUUUCACAAAUACCACCGCCACCACCUCCAGCUGAAUCAAUCCCACCUGUGCCGUUGUUUGAGGCUUAUGGAGCACAACAAUCAAAUGAUGCUACGUCUAGUGCGCCACCGCUUCCUGCCGAAGUAGCACCUCCCCUUCCAUCAUCUGGCUCCAUUCCACCUCCGUCGCCAGCUCCACCAGCUCCGCCAGCUCCUGCGCCACCAGCUCCUCCGGCACCCACUUUUGGUGCCCCGGAAGCUCCCCCUCCUCCCCCACCUCCUGCAACCGCGCCUAAUGCACCUGUUGGUGUUGAAGCGCCAUCCACACCUGAUGUCGGAGCCUUGUUGAGUCAAAUCACGGGAGGAAAGUCAUUGAGAAAGGUUGAAACUAAAGAAUCAAGUGGUGCUACAGUUGGAAGAGUUUUAUAG